UCCCAGAAUUUCAUUUGCUUGCAAUGGUGAGUUGAUGAGCUGUUUUCGUUUGGCUGAUGACCCAAUUCCUACUCUCUCUCUCUGUCUCUAACCCAUCAAAAUCAUGCAGUUUCUCUCCACUCUCUACCUGCUCUGCUCUCACACUUUCUUUCACCUUCUCUCCUUUGAGCUCAUGCAUUACCCCAUCAUUAAUUAUUAAUGAACUCUCUCUCUCUCUCUCUCUCUCUCUCUCUCUCUCUCCAUAUCUUAUUACCCCACCAAAUCAAAUAUCACAUAUCACCCAUUUUCUCAAAGCACGUGAUUUUCCCUCACUUUCCUUUGCUCACAGAACACUUUCAGAAUCCCAGAAACCACAGAGGAAAAGAGACAAAAAAAGAAGAAUUUUUUCACCACCCCAUCUGGGUUCCCAAAACUCUCUCUCACUAGGAGAAAAGCUUCAACGUUCUGAAAAUUCAAAUUCGUAAAGAUUAAGUCAGCAGAAGGAAGAGAGAGUUGAGCCCAGCGACAUGGACUCUCCUGAGGCUCAUUAUUCACAAUCCUCGUCCUCCUCCUCCUCAUCCUCGUCCUCAUCUUGUCACGGCUCAAGCCUGGUUCCGGUCCAAACCAGCGCGCGGUGUCCCGCGAACCGAGAUCACCCUGCCGAUGAUCAGGACGGGGGCGCAGCGACCACGAGCCUGGUGAUCCAGCGGCUGAGAUUCCUGGACGCGAGCGCCGCCGCCAAGCACUGGAGCCAGGUGGAGGAGCGGUUCGACCGGAUUGCCCUGAGCCGCCGGGACGGCACUGAACCGGUGGUGAAGUGGUCGGAUUUCGCCUUCUGUGUCGGGAUUCAACGGUCAACGGAGUACGCCCACGAGCUGCUGAGAGCGCUGAGGGGAAGAGAUGACGUCAAAGCUGACGUCACGAGAAGCGAACUCCACUACUGCUGGCGCCGCGUCACCGACCCAUGCCCCGAUUCCAAAAUCCAGAUUUUCUUCGACUUAUGUGAUAGAAAUAUGGACGGGCUGAUUAGCCGGUGCGACGUGAAGGAGAUGAUUUUGUUGAGCGCUUCGGCGAAUAAGUUAUCCUUGACCGGCGAGGAAGCGGAUGAGUAUGCCGCUCCGAUCAUGGACGCCGUCGACGCUGGAAAUCGAGGUUACAUAGAGUUAUCUCAAGUGGAAACGCUACUGAAGUUCGGCUUGUCGAAGGACUCUGCCGCAACUACCCCGUCGCCGAGGCUGUGCUACCACGGGGGCUGUGAUUCCAAUGGGGCGGUCCGGCAGCCCAUGUCAAGGCCCGAGGUCUUGUUCCGGACCUACUGGCGGCGAGCGUGGAUCGUGGUUCUCUGGCUGGCGAUCUGCAUCGCAUUGUUCGCGUGGAAGUUCGUUCAGUACCAGCAUAGAAUGGCGUUUGAGGUCAUGGGCUACUGCCUCUGUACUGCCAAAGGGGCCGCCGAGACCCUCAAGUUCAACAUGGCCGUGAUUCUCCUCCCCGUCUGCCGGAACACAGUCACGUGGCUCCGCGCCAGCCGCCGGGUCGGCAUGGUUGUCCCCUUCAAUGAUAACAUCAACUUUCACAAGUUGAUCGCGGGUGGGAUCGUGAUCGGCGUGAUCCUCCAUGGUGGCACCCACCUGGCAUGCGACUUCCCUCGGAUCAGCAGCUCGGAUAGCUCGAUCUUCAGCCGGACAAUCGCCGCGAGGUUCGGCUACCAUCAGCCUUCCUACGUGCAGAUCCUGGCGACGACGGAGGCGGUGACGGGGAUGACGAUGGUGGUCCUCAUGGCGAUCGCAUUCUCCCUUGCGACGAGGUGGCCGCGGCGCCGGGUCCCACCGUUGCCCCGGUCGGUCCGGCAGGUCACAGGGUACAAUGCGUUCUGGUACUCGCACCACCUCUUCAUCUUCGUGUACGCCUUGUUGAUUGUGCAUUCCAUGUUCCUCUUCCUCACCAGCAACCUGAUAGAAAAGACGACAUGGAUGUAUAUUGCCUUUCCCAUGCUGCUGUACGCGGGAGAGAGGAUCUUCCGGGCUGUUAGAUCGGCAUUUUACGAGGUGGAGAUUCUGAAGGCAAAUGUAUAUCCGGGAAAGGUUCUGUCCCUGAUGUUUCGCAAGCCGGAAGGUUUUGAGUACAGGAGCGGGAUGUAUAUAUACGUUCAAUGCCCUCGAAUAUCGCCAUUUGAAUGGCACCCGUUUUCGUUAACUUCCGGACCAGAUGAUGGUCAUUUAAGUGUGCAUAUUAGGACACUAGGAGACUGGAGCUAUCAAUUAUACAGUCUCUUCCAAGAGGCGACUGCGGCAAGACUAGAUAGCUAUCCCAAGAUAUACAUCGAUGGGCCUUACGGCGCGGCCUCUCAGGACUACAUCAAGUACGACGUCGUGGUUCUGAUAGGGCUCGGAAUAGGAGCCACGCCGUUCAUCAGCAUUCUUAAGGAUGUCAUCAGUCAUGAUCAUGUCGAUAACAGGCUAGUUAGCAUUCCGAAGGGUCCGACGAAAGCCUAUCUCUACUGGGUUACCAGGGACCAGAGCUCCUUCGCCUGGUUCAGGGAUUUUAUCAGGCAGAUGCCAAAGACCAACCAGAAAGAGUCGAUUAUGGAGAUGCACAACUUCCUGACCUCGAUGUACAAGGAGGAGGAUGCGCGGUCGGUGUUACUAAGCGCCAUUCAAGCUCUGUCCCAUGCCAAGAACGGCGUCGACUUCAUCUCCCAGACCCCGGUGCAUACCCAUUUUGCCAGACCAAAUUGGUCCAGCAUCUUCUCUAGGUUGUCCCGUAGACACAGUGGUUCCCGGAUAGGGGUGUUCUAUUGUGGUCCUCCAGCAUUAGCAAGAGAAUUGGAGGAGCUGUGCACCAAAUUCUCCACCAAAACCAUCACCAGAUUUGUAUUCCAUAAGGAGCAUUAUUGACUAGGCUUCUUUCUCUUCUUUGUUUUUAGUUGGGAAUCUUGAGGUUUGGUUGUUCCUACUCCACAGGAAGAAGGGGGAAUAGCUGAGAAUGAGGUUUUUAUUUGUUGGCCAGAACUGAGAAUUAGGUUUACCCUGUGCAUUACAGGAGAGAAAUUGCUGACAAUACCCUGUUGUUUUUAGCUUAAAAUUGUUCUAUGGGAAAGCAUGUACAGAACACCAACUUGAGUGGAAAUACCUCUGUUUAAUCUUCUCCAAA